GUGGGAGACGCGGAGGGUGCGUGCGGCGCCGCGCCGUGCGUGCCGCGCGUGCCGGUGGAGCAGGCCGCAGCGGCGGGGCCGGGUCCGCGGCGAUGCUGGAGGAGGCGGGCGAGGUACUGGAGUCGGUGCUGAAGGCUUCGUGCCUGCCGCUGAGCUUCCUGCUCUUCGUGCCCGCCGUGCUCCUGCUCCUGGGCCCGCCGCCCGCCGCAGAGGCCGCCCACGAGUUCACGGUCUACCGCAUGCAGCAGUACGAGCUGGGCGGGCAGCCCUACGGCACCAGGAGUGCAGUGCUUAACACAGAAGCCCGCACUGUAGAAGCAGACGUCCUGAGCCGUCGCUGUGUCAUGAUGCGGCUAGUGGAUUUCUCCUACGAGCAGUACCAGAAGGCUCUUCGCCAGUCAGCUGGUGCUGUGGUGAUCAUCUUGCCGCGCUCCAUCUCUUCUGUCCCACAGGAUGUUGUAAGGCAAUUCAUGGAGAUAGAGCCGGAAAUGCUUGCUAUGGAAACCAUUGUGCCAGUCUACUUUGCAGUGGAAGAUGAAGAGCUUCUGUCUAUAUAUGAACAAACACGGGCUGCUUCUGCAUCACAGGGUUCUGCCUCAGCUGCAGAAGUUCUGUUGCACACGGCAACUGCCAAUGGCUUCCAGAUGGUGACCAGUGGGGCUCAAAGCAAAGCUGUCAAUGACUGGCUCAUACCCAGUGUGGAGGGAAGGCUUACAGGGCUGGGUGGAGAAGACCUGCCCACUGUUGUGAUAGUUGCCCACUAUGAUUCUUUUGGAGUGGCUCCAUGGCUGUCACAUGGUGCUGACUCCAAUGGCAGUGGUAUCUCAGUGCUACUGGAACUAGCCAGGCUGUUUUCCCGGCUCUACACCUACAGACGUACCCAUGCUGGGUAUAACUUGCUGUUCUUUGCCUCUGGAGGUGGCAAGUUUAAUUAUCAAGGAACCAAGCGGUGGCUGGAAGACAAUUUGGACCACACGGAUUCCAGCCUGCUGCAGGACAACGUAGCGUUUGUUCUCUGCCUUGAUACUCUGGGCCGAGGCAAUAGCCUUCAUCUCCAUGUCUCGAAGCCUCCCAAGGAGGGAACCUUGCAGCAUGCGUUUCUGAGAGAACUGGAGAUGGUUAUUGCCAGCCAGUUCCCGGAGGUGAAGUUUUCCAUGGUGCAUAAGAAGAUAAACUUGGCUGAGGACAUGUUGGCAUGGGAGCAUGAGCGUUUUGCCAUCCGACGCUUGCCAGCAUUCACCAUCUCCCAUCUGGAGAGCCACCGGGACAGCCUGCGCAACAGCAUCAUGGAUCGGAGGGCACGAAUAGACACUAAGGCACUAACCAGGAAUACGAGGAUCAUUGCUGAGGCUUUGACAAGGGUCAUCUACAACCUAACAGACAAGGGAGCACCUGCAGAUCUGCAGAUCUUCACAGAUCAGAUGCAGAUCCAGCAGGAGCAACUGGAAUCAGUGAUGGACUGGCUGAGCAGUCAGCCCAGGGCUGCCCAGUUGAUUGAUAAAGACAGCACCUUCCUCAACACCUUAGAAUAUUAUAUGGGUCGCUACCUGAAGGAUGUCAAACAGCAUCAUGUAAAGGCAGACAAACGGGACCCCGAGUUUGUUUUCUAUGACCAGCUGAAACAGGUGAUGAAUGCAUACAGGGUCAAGCCAGCGAUCUUUGACCUGCUUCUGGCUGUUUGUAUCGCAGCCUACCUUGGUGUUGCCUAUGUUGCAGUGCAGCACUUCGGUCUCCUUUACAAAAUGAUACAGAGAUUAUCCCUUAAAACCAAGCAGCAGUGAAGCAAUGAGUCAUCACCCAUAUAGCAGCACUGAGCCAUCGGUGAGCCCAUCAGGAACCUUCUGCCUUCCAUUGAACCCUGCUGUUUCUCCUCCUCUGUCUCCUCUUUGCUGCUCUAUAGAGGGGAGGAAGGCAGAAAGAAAACGAAAUUUCAACUCUUGUGCACCUUUUAAGUGCUUUUUCCUCACCUUCUUCCCCUGACUUGCACCAUUUCUAUUUUCCUUUGCUUUUUGGCGAGGGAGAGGCUCAGAGACUUCAGUAGUUCCUGCAGGUUGUUUAAACACUGAACAGCUGAUUCUGAGCAGCUUCUGUGAGUGUAAAACAAGUCCAGCACCUUCAUGAACACAUGUGCCGUACAGCCAACUUGGGAACUGAAACUACAGAGUAGAGUGACGUGUUAUCUCUGCCCAGCAAACAAGGACUCAGAACAGUUGUUUAAAAGAAAAAAGUGCACAUGCAAAUUAAAGAGAAUACUAUUAGCAUGUUUUCUUAUGGCACCUCUUCCUUAAGCUCGCUGCCUGGCUUUAGGAAGGUGUGCUGAGCCAGCAGUGUCCGCAGGAAGUGUCGUCUUGCGUUGGGUUCAGACUGUGCAAUAGCUCAUUCCCUUUUAGGAGGUGCACUGUAAAUGGUCUUGACUGUUAUCGACAGAAUAAGGAGAGAUUGUUAAAAUGGGUUCCUUGCAUUAGGGUUCUUAUUAGGACGGGUCCUCUCCUGUCUCCAUUGGAGGAUGCAUUUUGCUGUGUGCUUGAUUUCUCUUAGAGUUUAUGGUCCUUGAACAGUUCACAGCUGCCACCACUCUGUGCUAAACUCUUGCUUGGUUUUUAAGGGGUGUUCUACAGUCCCAGCUGCUGCAGGAUCAUGUUCUGUGCUGUUAGAUGUAUUUAAACGAGCUGGUUAUAUUAAUAGCAAGAGAAGUUCAGCUCCUGCUGAGCUCUGGUCUGUAAUCCCUUAAAUCUUCAUUCCUCAGUUUUUAUUUCCAGAUGGAUUCUGGAUUUUGGGGUGUUUUCCCAUGUUCACCUGCAUCUCAGGAUCUCAUUUCACAUUUUUCAGCUCUAUUAUUUCUGGAAACACUGUUCCUGGCCUGCACGUAUGAGCAACUUCCCAAAGCGCUUGUUUCUGUCCUAUUGUGUGCUGCCCCCUGUAUGAAGGGAGGCAGGUCAAUUAGCCAUUAAAAAGCAAAACAAAACAAAAAAUUAAGUUUUAUGAAUGUCAUUUUAAACAUGGCUGUUUCUGGAACUGCACCUAAGGGAGUGUAUCUUGGAACACACGCUCUCUGUUACUUUUAUCCUUGAGCAAGACUUAUUUUUAGUUUGCUGAUACUUCUGGCUGGAGAGAGCUAGGUCGUUGCCCAAAAUAGUUGCCAGUGCUAUGCAAAGAUCAGGAGGGCCAGGUAACCCGUUGCUCAAGCAUUGGCAUCAUCUUAACUCUUUCCUGAAUUCCACCAUCCAAGGUAAGCAGGAUAUUUCUCACCACUUUCUGGUGAAUGCCCUUUCUGGGCAGUGUUGCACUUUGUUUACCCUCAAGUUGUAGAAAAUACAUCAAGAUACUGACUACAGUCCUAGGCUAGUUGUAGUUGUGGAAGAUGUCCUGACUGAAUACUACUGUCCUGACAGUCAACGAUGUUUGAGUCCUUUCAGUAACUUGUUCUAUGCAUAUGAGGUCUCUUCACAGGCCAUGGUGACUACCUUUUUUACAGAGGCUGAAAAGCUUGUGGACUUGAAUGAAGGUGUACCCUUUUUUUUGUAUGCAAGGAAUAUUCAAGCUGUGGAUCCUUGUCUUCACCACAGCUGCUGUGCACACACUUGUUAGAAAAGGAGUUGUUGUGGGUGGUCACUGUCCUUGUCCUUUGGAUGGGAACCAAAGCACUGAUUAGCAAUCGUGCUGCAGCUUGACUUGAUGCAUAUAAAAUUUGCAGGUAGUGGGCAAGAGAGAACAGAAUGGGCCUGGAGCAUUCUUCCUUGCAGUGGAGACUGUCAACCUUCAGUUUUCCAGAUAAGAAGGUCAAAGUUCGGUCAAAAAGUUCCACCCAGGCAACCCAGUGUGGUUGCAGCUACGUCCCUGUCGAGGUUGUAGCAUUAAAGCAAACACUUCAGCCCCUUGUGGUCUCAACAAUAAACUGCUAACGCUCCUGAUGCAGUGCCAGAAGCCAGUGGCAGCCAUCUAAAAGGAAGGUGGAUAGAGGUAAAUGAGGAGAGUUCGUAAACCUGAAGGGCAGUUGGGAUAGUACGUUGCUUUCCCCCACACAAGGGUAAUUUGUCCUAUAAUCUGAUUGGAGGCAUUUCGUGUGUAUCUAGCUGGCUGCCACAGUGAGUAGUUUAUACUACAGAUAAGAGUUUAUGCUUUUGAUCAAAGCGCAGGUGCACUGAAACAUUACAUACACAAAUGCGAGAUGGUAAAAUUCCAACUUUCUCAUAGCUGGAACAUAGUGCCCGUCCUGGGAGCGAACGUAGUUCCCACAGUGCUGUUUCCUUUGCGAAGUUGACAGAGAAGCUUGUAAAUAGAUACUGCUCUUCUGCUAGGUUUUGAAAAAAACAAGAAAAAUAGUGCUGAUCCAUACUGCAGCAUAUCUGAUAAUUCUGUCACCUACAUGAGACAUGCAAAGGCAGAAAUCCAACAGCUGUUACGGUGAAAUGAGAGUUCUCCACAACAUUGCGGAAGAGCGCUGUGUAGCUGAUUCUUGUUGCCCUUAUGUUUACCUGUCCUUUUUAUCAGGAGUUUGCCGGGCCUGGAAGGAAGAAGCAUGGAAAGCGUAUGUCUGCAUAUACACAAGUGGCUAGCAGUUGAUGCCUCUAGCCAUAAAAAAAACAACUUUAUGUGCUAUCUCUACCUAUUGUCCUGGUUCUGUCAAAGUCUGCAGCUCAAAAAAUGGUUUUGCAGCAGGAUUUUAGCACGGAAGCUGUGCAUUCCUUCUGUCCACUCCCACCCACACAGGCGCUAAUGGGGAUCGUAUAUGAGUAGUUUGGACUAUUGUAGUUGAUCUCCCAAAUAAGAGGUUGGUUCAUUGUUAUGAAAUAAGUAUUGUUGUGCAAUAUGAACGCCACCCUUGUACUCAGUGCGAAGAGGAAAGACCCUGAAGCCAAAAUGGGAUUAGGUACUCCACCGUCAGUGUCUGGAAGAGUCGCCACAAUCUAUUUAAAUGUUUAAAACCACAGAGACCCCAAAUUGUUGUGGGGCUUAUGGCUGGGUGGGUGGGGGUGUGUGUGUGUGUGUGUGUGUGCAUUUGUUUGUUUUAAAUUGUGCUUUCAUGUUCACAGCAUAAGUUAAAAUACCAAGCUUCUCCUGCACCUUGUGGGCAAGCUGGGUUUUACAUUUAAGAGCCAUUCAGUCUUGACUUGCCUGUCUGAAACGAUGGGGGUGCUACUAUAUGUCUUCGUAAACUGGGCCUCUGGGUGCUCAAGUGUGGGCUCCUGCUUGCUCUCUUUGGUCUGUUUAGUUUCCAUUUGUAGUUAUUGGAUAGCAACCUCAAGGUUAUGAUCUGGAAUAUUUGCAGCUCAGGAAAAAGAGUUGAUUUAUCUAGCAAUGUUAACUCAAUUAUUUCUCUCUUGUGUGUCCUAAAGAACAAAUGUAUAUUGGGGUGAAUAUUUAAAAGCUAAUAGAAAAUUCAAUGCAGUUGAUUUACAUAUUUUUCUGACUAGAAAUGUAAUAAUAUUUAAGUAUUUUAACAUUUUUUCAUUUCCUUAUUUGUUUGUCUCUUUUUCCCUUGCAAAAAUAAACCAAGUGAGUAGGUUUGAAGAA